AUGAUUCAUUCCGCCAGUGGGAAAUCUGGCAAAUGCCUCCAUUACCUCGGCGGGGAGUCCUGGUCGCGUUGGUGUUUUCCUCUAAUAUCGCCCUUACGUACCCGUGGCCGUAAAGUCGUCGGGACCAUCAAUCAACGAGGGAAUAUGACCCUAAUUGUACGAGCUAUGGGGAGAGGCUUACGACGCAGCCCCGCGGUGCAUUAUCACCCCGGGGGAGCAAGGCAGCCACAAGGGCCUUAUCAGUGCCCCGUCAGGAUGCCGUUCCGCUCGCCUCGUGCCCUUCUGCAGCGCGCCGCUCCGGACGGCGACGCCUCGCCGCUCGGGACGCCGCCUGGACGCUGGCACUCGCGACUGGGAGAUGCGAGUCGCGCUCUCCUCUCGGCCUGUGGCUCCUGGAGGUGGAUGACUGUAGUGGAGGCGGACCCAGCUCUCCUGCAGGCACGGGACGAGGACGGGUACACGCCCCUCCACCUGGCCACUAUAGCAGGUAACAAGGCCGUCGUCAAGUACCUGAUUUCGAAGGGAGCGGAUAUCUCGGCGCUGGACAAUGAGAAGCACACGGUUAUCCACUGGGCCACGGUGUGUGGCGAAGUGGAGCUGCUGGAGUUGCUGAUCGAGGCGGGCGCGAACCCCAGCACUCCCGACAUCCACGGCGCGUAUCCCCUCCACUAUGCGGCGCAGAUGUGCGGCCCCAACAGCGAGAUGGGCAACGACAUCCGCGUCGGCCUCAUGGUGCUCCGGAAGCUGCUGCAGAGCGGCGUCGACGUGUCCGUGACCGACCAGGACGGGCGGCAGCCUCUUCUGUGGGCGGCCAGUGCGGGGAGCGCCGAUGCUAUCCUCGCGCUGGUCAACGCAGGCGCCAGCGUUAGCGCCGAGGACAAGGAUGGGCUAACAGCGCUGCACUGCGCGGCGUCUCGGGGUCACCUGGACUGUUUGGACUGCCUGGUGACCCUCUGCGGGGCCGAAGUGGACACCUUGGACAGUAACGGGUGCACGCCGUUGUUCUAUGCCGUCACGCUGGGGCACGCUGACUGUACCCAGCUGCUCCUUCAUCACGGCGCGCACACCGACCGUCAGGAUCGCAAAGGGCGCACGCCAGCGCACUGUGGAGCGGCGAAGGGCCAGCUUGAGACCCUGAAACUGCUGCACCAGAAGGGCGCUGACCUGUGGAGGCGCAACGUUAAAGGCGACCUCCCGCUCCACGAGGCGUGCCAGUCCGGCAGGAAGGAUCUCGUCGUAUGGCUGUUAUCCAUGCGGCCCGACACAGUCAACGCUCCUAACCUCGACGGCCGGUGUCCACUCCACAUAGCUGCUAUUAAUAACAAUAUAGAAAUGUGCAAGAUCCUUAUGGAUCAACAGGCGGCGGUAAACCCCAUCAUGCGAAACUCCAGGGGGCAGCUCCUCACCCCCCUGGACGCCGCCGUGGCCCGCAGUAAUCGCGGCUGUGCGAAGUACUUACAGCUGCACGGAGGUGUUCCAGCCUCCAAACUAACCGACAAACACGCACUUCAAAAAGCCAUGCAGAGAGCCCUGGAGGCGAGUCAGCACGGCAGCACGGGAGCCACGCCCAGCGACCUCACGGGCGACGAGCUCAUGAGUUCCUCCGCCUCCUCGGCGCUCAAGUCCAACCGCUCGACGAUGACGGCGUCGCCCGUGAACACCGAGGCGCAGACGGACACGGGCGACCUGAAGCGCGGGGGGGCGGGGGACACGGAGACCAGGAAGCCCCAGAGCAGAGACGCGCAGGAGUCCGGCUACAGUGACUCACUCAUGCCGGAGCGCGACUCUGACGAAGACGGACCGACGGACCCCGAACGCAACACCGACGACGAGGACGGCGCGCCCCACGCCUCCAAGAAGACCAAGACGAAAACCAGGCGGAGGAGAGCGCAGAAGCUGAGGGAAGACCGUCAGGGCGCGAUGGUCAUAGCGGAGGACGUAGAAGGGGGCGGCAGCGGUAGCGGCGGCGGUGGCGGCGACGGCGGCGACGGCGACGACGGAAGCGGUUUUGGCAACGGCGGCGGCGGCGCGGGCGACGGUGGCGGCGGCAGCGGCGGCAGCGGCGGCAGCGGCGACGGAAUCAGCGGUGGUGGUGUCGGCGUGGGCGGCAGGCAGAAGAAACGACGAAUUAGAUGGCGACAGUAUUGUAGAGGGCAGAGCGAGGAGGAGAAGAGGUCGGGCCAACGGCGACGUAGGCUCCGACGAGGACUUCCCGGACGAUGGAGACUCGGCAGGAUCCGGCGUUGAGGACGACGAAGAGGGCGACGAAGAUGCCCUCAGGAAGCUCGGAGUGUCGGGUCACAGACGGCCUGGUGUCAGAAGAGGUCAGGUCAAGUCUGGGGCAAUGAGUGGCGGACCCAAGAAGGUGGAAAACAUGGAUUCCAAUUUGCGACGUCGAGCCAAGAAAGGAAUAUCUCACCCGACCGAAAUGUCUAUCACGCAGGCCAUGCAGGCGACAAUGCGCAA